CCCCACCCAGCCGGCCGGGCCAUGGGGCGCUCGCCGUGGGUCUGGGGUCGCCGCCGCGUCCCCCCCUCCCCCCCAGCUGCCGCCCCCCCCUCGGGGGUACCCGGGGGGGGCGGCCGCCCCCCGCUGCCGGCACUGGGGGCCACGCUGGGGCGGCUGCUGGGGGCACUGGAGGCACUGGUGGCCCCGGGGGAGCGGGACCGGACCCGUCGCCUGGUUCGGGAAUUUGGGGCGCCCGGGGGGGCCGGACCCCGACUGCAGGAACGGCUGCGCCGACAGCCCCCCGCCCCCCCCCGCCUGCCGGAGUGGCCGUGGGGCUCCAGCGAGCGGCUGCCGCUCCCAGUUCACACCAGUGCCGGACUGGUGCUGCCCCGGCAGGACUGGGAAGACUGGAGGGGGCAGCUGUGGUUCGCCGCUCGGCUCAUCGUGGGGGUCCUCGACUACCGGCUGCAGCUGGAGCGGCGUGACCCCCCCGAGCCGUGGCUGCAGGCGGCGUUUGGGGGGUGCCGGGUGCCGGGUCCCCAACGGGACGAGGUGCUGCGGCUGCCCCCCGGCGCCCAGCCCCCCCCCUUCAUCACGGUCAUCCGCAACUGCCAGUUCUUCCAGGUGGAGGCGUGUGGGGAGGAGGGGACCCCCCUGCCAGCGGCGGCGCUGGGGGCGGCGCUGGGGGGGCUACGGGCGCGGGCGGGGCGCGGUGGGGCCCCGCCCCUGGGGUUGCUGACGGGGCAGCACCGACACGCCUGGGGGCGGGUCUAUCGUCUGCUGAUGCGGGACCGACUGAACCGGGCCUCGAUUGGCCGGAUCCAGCGCAGCCUCUUUGCGCUCAGCCUGGACGCGCCGGUGCUGGCGGCCGGGGGGCGGGGCCCGGGGGCCGGGGCCGGGCAGGUGCUGCACGGGGGCGGGGCCUGCGCCAACAGCGGCAACCGCUGGUUCGACAAGACCCUCCAGUUCAUCGUGGGGGAGGACGGGACCUGCGGUGUCAUCUACGACCCGGCCGUGAUUGACGGCACUGUCGUCGCGGAGAUGGUCGACCACGCCCUCGACUACUGCCGCCUUUCGGCGCAUGACCCUGCCCUGAUGACGUCACUGCCCCUCCCCACACCUCAGCGACUCCGUUUCAGCCUCGGCCCCGAAACCGCCCCCGAGGUGGAGCGGGCGAAAAGGCACCUGGACAGCCUGGCGGCAGACGUGGACGUUCACUGCUUCUCGCACGAGGGCGUCGGGGCGGGCGGGGGGCUGCGGCCGGAGGCCAUCGUGCAGGUGGCCCUUCAGGUGGCCUUCUACAGGGCCCACGGGUCCCUGUGCGCCUCGUGCGAGCCGACCUCCCUGCGCCACGUCCUGCCCGGCUGCACCGACCUGCUGCGCCCCCCUGGCCCCCCCUGCCUGGCCCUGGCGCGCGCCCUGGAUGACCCACAGGCAGAGCCGGAGCUGCAGCUGUCGUUGCUCCGCGAGGCCGUGGAGGCGCAAAACCGGCGGACGCAGGAGGUCCUGGCAGGUCAAGGCGCCGAGCGGCACCUGCAGGGGCUGCGGCAAACGGCCAUCGCGGCGGGGGAGCCGCUCCCCGAAAUCUUCAUGGACCCCGUCUACGCCCUCGCCACCCACUUCCGCCUCUGCACUGUCCAGGUGCGCUCGCGCCAGGGCUGCUGGCUGCUGCGGGGGCCGCUGGUGCCCGACGGUUACGGGGUGGGCGUGGGGCACGUGGCCCCCCCGGACCCCCCGAAUUCUCGGGACCCCCCCGGUUUCUCCCCGGGGGGGCUGCGAGUCGCCGUCACCUCCUUCGCCUGCUGCCGCCAGACGGAUGCCGCUCGCCUGGGGGACGCGUUGCGGGGGGCUCUCGACAGCCUCGGGGGGCUGCUGCGUCGCCACGGCCCCCCCGGCCCCCCCUGACAGCUCCGACCCCCCCCCCCCCCCCAAAAUAGUGACAGCGACCCCUGACCUCACCCCCCCCACCCAAAUCUGGAGGGGGGGAUCCCUGCACUCCCCAGGGUCCCCACCCCCCUCCUGACACUCCUGGGGUCCCUGGCCCCCCAACACUCCCCGCCCCCCCCCCCCAACCCCCCCCUCGGGACCAGCCC